AUGGAGCACGCAGAGAAGGCGCCGGUCCAGCCAGACGGUCCUGUGCACGUGCUGCCACACCACGGCGUCUUCAAGAAGGAGAAGGCAACCAUACGACAGCAUCUUGACCUGUUCAAGUCGUCAGACGGCGAACUGGUCGACCGCCUGCUCAGAGAUAUCUACUGCGACGACUUGAUCACCAGCGUCAGUUCAGAAGAAGAGGCUCACCGAGUGAGGGACAGGACAGUGGAGAUCUUUAGUGAAGCCCAGAUGAACAUGACUAAGUGGACAACGAGCCUCCAGUCGCUGGUCGAUCCACAGCAGCUAGGAGACUGCCCCUACCAAGGAAAGAAGGUGCUGGGGGAAAUGAGCAUACCCAGACUCGAGCUGACCGCCGCUCUUAUCGGUGCACGACUCCUGACUUACGUGAAGCAGCAGUUAACAGUGCCGCCACAGAACAGCUUUUUAUGGACCGACUCUAUGGUGGUUCUCAGUUGGAUCCGCAGUGACGCCGACAGGUGGGGAGUGUAUGUGAGGAAUCGCAUCCGAGAGAUUCAGGGUGUGAGUGCUACUGAGAACUGGGGACACUGCCCCGGGCACGAGAACCCCGCCGACCUGCCCUCUCGGGGCAUACCAGCAAACCGCCUCAACAGCGACCUCUGGCGGCACGGGCCUAAGUGGCUUACACAAGAUCCAUCGAGCUGGCCUCAGGACCGGAGCAGCGACCCAGAGCCAGAGGAGUGCAGACAAGAGGAGAAAAAACGGGCACUGCCGACCAUCAGCAGCGCUGAGGGAACGGAUCAUCAGCUCUUUGACCCAGUCAGACACAGCACGCUGAGCCGCCUGCUGAGAGUAACUGCCUGGAUAUUGCGUUGGGCUCACAACUGCCGAAAUCAAAACAAGAGAUGUGGGCCGCUCACCGCAGAAGAAAUCAGUGAAGCGAUGAAACACUGGAUUAAGUCUGCUCAGUCUACGUUCCAUGAGGAAAUAACGGCACUACAAGAAGCGCGGGCGUUGCCCUCGAACUCGCGUCUACGAUGUCUGAUUCCUGCGCUAGAGAGUGGGAUACUGAAGAAGGUAGGGCGCCUUCAAGAGUCCCUUCUGAGUGAAGAGGAGAAGUAUCCGGUCAUUCUGCCUUCGAACCACCGACUCGUGCAGCUCCUGGCCGAAGACAUGCACCGGCGACUGUGCCACGCCGGCGCUCAGCAGGUGCUAGCCGCGCUGAGGGACCAGUAUUGGAUACUGCGCGGCCGCCAGGUCGUCCGUGCAGCUUUGCGUCGCUGCCCAAAUUGUGCGAUCUUCCGCGCUCAGCAGCUCGGUCAGGUGUCGGCUCCGCUGCCGAGCAGCCGGACACGCCCCUCACGGCCGUUCAGCUACACCGGAGUCGACCUCGGAGGCCCUCUGCUCGUCCGGGGGACGGCACGUCACCAAGUGGACAAGCUGUAUUUCGCGGUAUUCACUUGCGCCGUCACACGAGCACUACAUUUGGAGCUGGUCUCCUCCCAGAAAACUGAGGAUUUCAUCAAGGCCUAUCGCAGAUUCAGCGCGCGCAGAGGGGAGCCUCGGAACCUGCUAAGCGACAAUGCAAAAAACUUCAAGGGAGCGGCUACGAUAUUAGCCGCCGAGGGAGUAGCCUGGCACUUCAUCGUUGAACGAGCCCCCUGGUGGGGCGGAUUUUGGGAGCGAAUGGUCGGCUUGACCAAGCUCGCACUUCGCAGGACACUGGGCAGGGCGCUGCUCGGCAGAGAGGAACUUGAGACCGUGCUGUGCGGCAUCGAGAGCGCCAUUAACGCCCGCCCUCUCACGGCGGUCAACGAUGAUCCCGAUGACCGGCGUCCACUUCGUCCAGUCGACUUCUUACGAUGCCCUCUGGGGGACACGUCAGAUGAAAGUGAGGAAGACCUGAGGAGCCGACGGCGGUACCAGCACACCGUCGCGUCUCACCUCUGGAGACGAUGGCUAAGGGAGUACCUGAGAAACCUGCGGGACUUCCAGCAUGCCUCACAUGCCAACGAGGCCAGUGUGGGGGACCUCGUGCUCAUCGAGGGCGACCAGCGUAACCGACUGACUUGGAAGACUGGCGUCAUCCAGCAGCUACACCCCGGCCGGGACGGGCGCGCACGGGCGGCGACCCUGCGCACAGCUGAUGGUGACCGGCGGCGGCCGGUUCAAAGGCUCUAUCUGUUGGAGGGUCACCGGAGCUAA